AUGAGUUCCUUCUCUUUUGGUGCUUCUCCCUCCUCCGCUUCUUCAGUGCCAGCAAGAAAAUCAACCCGAUCAAAAGCAAAGCCGAAAUUUGCUCCCACAAACGAGAAAGAUCCCUCCAAUCAUCAAAACUAUGAUUUCCAAUCGAUAACUAAAAUGCCAAGCUAUAGCUCAACUUCAUUUGAGCAAUUACGAUAUGAAGAUAUGAUGGAGAAACGCAAAAAACAAAAAACUAAUGAUGUCAAAUCCGAUGCACAACUUGUACUGAAUUUAUUUGAAAAGAAGAUGGUGAGCGGUGAACAAAGGUUCAAACCAACCGGAUCAGCAAUGAUUUUCACUUCCACUUCAUCGUCGGCAAAAACAAAUUAUAUGAAUAUGGAUAUUGCUUCAUUGUUUAGGAAUUAUGAAAAAUCAAACCGUGAUGAAAUUGAAUCAAAGUUGGCUGAUUGCAAGAUUGUGUUUGAUUCAUCUCUAGAUGACGUUUUUUAUUGCCAUAAAAUUAUUUUGAUUUGCAGGUCUCCGUUUUUCAAGAGAUUAUUUGAAUCUCACCCAAAAUCUGAAAGCCUAUCCUUUCCGUCUAUUUCAAAGAAUGUUAUGAAAGCAAUUUUACAGUGGAUCUAUUGUGAAUCGGUUGACCCAGAAGUUUCGAAUGACGAAAUUUUCAUGGAUUUGGUCCAUGCAUCUUUAAUUUUUCAUCAAAAGCCGCUAUUUAGGCAAUUAAUAGACUCCAUGGAGUCUGAGUAUUCAUACAAGAUUUGGGAGUUACCUGAACAACUUGAAAAUCAUUCUCUAAACUUGGAAGUGACAAUAGAUAAUCAGCCAGUAACUAUUUCUUAUGCAGCAUCAUAUACAGACGAUAUUAAGAAAAUAUUGGUCGAGUACAACAUGAAGUCUAAAAAAGAAUUUGUUCACAAUCUUGAGAACGACCUUAAAUCAGGAAAGGUUGCUGAUUGUUGCCAGAAAAUGUUCUUCCAGUCAAUCCUUCCCUCUAUUGAAUAUGAAUCAAUCACCCUUUCACCUAUCGCAACUGCAGGUCUAUUGAAAAUGGCCAAGGAUUACUCCAUGGAACCAUCCCAAAAAAGAAAGCUGUUGAAAGUUGUUUUUUCAAAUGGAUCCUGUUUUCAACAAACAAAGUGGCAAAAUUUUGGUAAAGAGCUUGUUGAAGAAACAAGUGACAAGGCCAUCGACUUUCUUUAUGAAUGUACAAUAUCAGAAGUAAAAUAA